GCUACAUCCGCGGCUCCGGGGGCGGGCCCCGGGCUUUUGAAUCAGUCGAGUGGGAUCCGAAAAAUCCCAACGUUCUUGCUGUCACCAUCAAACGUGAUGGCCUCUCGGUCAAAACUGAAACCCGGGUCAAGAAGAGGUCCGUGGGAAUUCCGGAAGGACGCAAUGACCUCUUCAAUAGCAGUGAAGUCUACGUUCAG